UCACUUCAUACUUGGUUCUUAGAGCGAACACAUCAAGAAGCUGAAAAACAGCCAGAAGGCAAAAAAACAAAAAUCAAAUCACCUACAAGAUUAUACAAAUUCGCCUGCCAGUUUCCAGCUAAAGAGGAACAGAUAGCCUUUUAAUUGGUGGCAGAGAUGCAGUGAAAAAUGUGCACAAAAUAAACUUAAAUACAUUUGUGAACUAUCCAGUGAUUGCUAAUUAUAAAAGACAACUAUUUACCAGUGAAAACAAUUAAAAACAGAACGUAAAGAUGGCCAGUGCUGUGCGUUGUGAAAUGUGCGGAAGGAACGGCAUACGAAAGUUAAUUUUGGUAGUGGCGUUGGUCAUGAUGGCCGGCAGCUCGAAGGGCUCUCCCUUCGGUUCAUCUUUCUUUAUGGAGGGCGUACAGUCAGAGGUUGUGAACCCAUUCAACCGCACCAUCCUCAACCGCUUCAACCUGACCGAGGAGCAAAUCCUGAGCAUCCAGAACCGCAGCAAUCCGAAUAUGAGGGACGAGUCUGCCCAGUCCUCCAACAAACAGUAUCUGGAGCAAGUCGCCACUCAGCGACUCAACGACAUCAUCAAGCGGGUACAAAAGGCCAUCUCAAACGAGCCCAAUGGCAGCGUGUCCAAGGAGAAGGCCGGCUUUCCCAUCUGCAAUGCAGAGACUACCAAUCCGGAGGAAUGGCAGUUGGGCAACAACGUGACGCUCCAGUUCGCCAGCAGUGUUUUUAUUUCCAACAACGAUGACCGUCUGAGCAGCGCCCUGCUCCGCCUCUAUAAGACCAAUCCCGGCCAGAAUCGCGACCAGAAUCCCGGCCAGGUACCCGCUCAGCCGGUCAGUACGGAGACGCCAGGCAGCACGGCGCCAAACUGUGCGGAGCAGCUAGCCGUGGGUCCCCAGAUCCGGGUCACCGUCUCCAUUGUCCUCCAGCAGAGGAAGAAACGUAAGUUAGAGCGCAAGAAGCGCACCUGCAACACCGCCAUGCUGAGCAGCUCCUCCACCGGCUGGGUUGAGAUCGACGUGAAGUGCGCCCUCGCCUACUGGGAGCAGCAGCACCGGCAGGAGCAACAGCACCGCCAGCAACUUCGCCAACAGCAGCCGAUGCAGCCCCAGUUGAUCUCCAGCGUGGUGGGGAUUCUGAUGAUCGAGGUGCACGACGACGAGGAGAAUCCGUUGAAGCCGGGGAUCUACUUCGAGCCACCCACUUGCGAACAGGCAGAGAUUGCUGUCCCAUGGAGCGUUUACCGAACAGAACCGUUUAAGUCUCAUCUGGCGAGUUGGCCAUUGCCAAGAAAACCAAGGUUAGACAUUCUCUUCAACGGCAGCAACUCCAUGAAGAGCAUUCACAACACCCCCAAGAGCAGAACGUACAUCGAAUCCACCACAUCCAACUCACCCACGAUCGAUAACCAGCUGGACGAGAGCGGCGAAUACGAGAGCCAGCAGCGGGAUCGCGUCCACCUGCACCACCGACGCCACCACCACAGUCACCAAUCGAAUUCCGAAUCCGCCGAAAUCGAGGCUGAGGAGCUGAUGUCCUCGGCGAGCGACAGCGAACAGCAGAUGGAGCCCGUCUCAAACCACCACCGACAUCGGAGUGGCCACCACCAUCAUCCGCACCAGCUGCACCAGCAUCACCACCAUCAGCGCCACCACCCCAAGCACCAUAAGAUUCCCACCCACCCGCAGGAAUAGAUGAUCGGGAAUCAUCCAUAGACCCCUUAAACCUUCUCUCUCACCCUCACUCAUGCUGGUCUUAUAAUUAUUUCUUGUUUUGUAUUUGUAACUUUAGGGCCAGUUGACUUAAUUAGUUUUUAGUUGAUCGGUAUAUUGGUAUCUCCUGCCGCGUAACCUUAUUUAAAUUAUAUUUUAAAUUUCGUUGUAAGAUAAGUGCAUAAUUUCGGUCGAAAUUCGAUUUUAAUUUUAAAAUCUCUCUUAUAUUAGAAGCCUGUGAUUUAGAUGUGGUUGAAUUCGCACAUAUUUUGCUACGAAAAUUGUUAGAAACUCAAGAAGGAAAGCAAGCCCGGAAAACGUUAAAUACAAAUUUAAGUAACAUAUUUAGAUGGUAAACUAAAUUAACCAAUGCCUUAUCGGAGCAUUACAAUCCCAGACUUCUGCACAAUCCACUCGAAAACCAGCAAGCCAAGGACGAACCAAAUCGAGCAUUUUCGAUUCCAUUGAUAAGCGCUUAUAGUCCCGGAAUAAAGUUUUGUUAUACAAAUAAGUCAUUAGGUUAAAAGUGCCUUCCUGCUAGCAACGGAGCACCACGACGAGCAGCCCUAAAUCUCAAAAUUGACUCAUUGGAAAUCAUUGUUCUGUUUUGUUUAUAAGAUUUUAUAAGAUCCGCAUUUUCAUUAAGUCAAACUGCUAUCGAUGCAUAAUCCUCCACCUCCAUCCUAACUAAGUACAUUGGUGUAGUUUUGCAAUGAAAAAUAAAU